CAUGGCAAAAAGCGCACUCGAAUUGACAAUACAUCAGAAUUUUGUCAUAAUAUUGCAGCACCAUUUGAAAAACCACCCAAGAUUGGAGAACUCAGUUCCAUACUUUUUAAACCUUUUAGUUUAAAAAUUCCUCUUUCACCAGUUUUGUACAAUAAAUGUGAAGUACAUUGUCAAGACUUUCCUUUAUCUGAGUAUUUUAUUAAUGCAGAUUUUUUUAAAGAAACAAAUUCCAAUAUUGAGACUAAUUGCUUCCCAGAAGAAAUAUCUAAUUAUUGCAAUAUAGCUUUGCAAGGAUCUGCUAUUGGUUCUAGUGAACAUUCUCGAGUUUGUGAUUGGGAUAACUUGCUCCGUAAUCCAACAGAUGUUUUUAGAAGAAAGAGAUUCAAAACAGAACAUUUAUGGGAAAGUGAUCGUAAUACACAUGAUACAUCAUUCACAUUGGCUGGUCUCAGAUCAGAUUAUUGGGAACAUUUUGGUGAUGUCCUUGUUUUUAAAGGGGAAGAAAAAUCUACAAAACAAGACUUUUCUGAAGCCAAAAAUGAACUUACUAAAAAGAUGAGAAUAUGGAAUUGUAGCAUUUAUGGAUCACUUGAAUACAUUCUUGCAUAUGCAGCAGCAGGUAGCUAUUUACAAUUUUUUGCAAUAGAUUCAUCCUUGAAUCAGACAGCUAUUUCAACUAUUUUGGAUAUAGAACACUUGGAGAAUAGAGUCAAGGCCCUUGUCAAUAUUAUCAACAUCCAUCGCAUUUUGUGUUCCAUGGAACCAUUUUUGCCUCAGAAUGCUGUACCAGUUGGAAAACUCUUAAAGAGACCAUUUGGUGAUAUUCUUAUUAUGGAUGUUGAGGUUGAAAAACGGAUUAAUAUGUUUGCAAAUUAUCCUUUUAGCAAUAUAAAUGUAUUAAAAGAUAUAUAUAGAAAGACAAAGGAGAUUAAAUUUCUCAUACAUGCUGUUAAAGGUCCAGAGAUAAAAGAUAACAUAUACAAAGUCAUUCUUGCACCAGUAGGAAUUAGACAAGUACCAAAAUCAGAACCAGAAGCUAAAGUUGCCAUUCAUUGCAUCUUGGAUGCACUUAUAGCUUUACACAACUUAGGUUAUGUUCAUCGUGAUAUUAGGUGGCCUAAUAUUAUGAAAUUGGUUGAUGGCAAUUGGAUGUUAAUUGAUCUGGAGUGUUCUGGUAUCAAUGGUGAAAUGGUAUAUUUUGAUCCAUUAGCAGAUUGGGCACCUGAAGCAAUUGAAACACACUCAUAUACAAAAAAGGCAGAUAUUUAUAUGGUAGGAAAGUUACUCAGCAAGCUUUUAUGUCCCUUGUCUGAAGAAGCCCGUGAUUUUGAGAGUUUUACUACAACAAUGAAUCCUGAUUUGCGUCCUACAGCUAAAGAAGCUCUUCAACAUACCUGGUUUUCAUAA